AUGGACGCGUUACGAGGCCUCUCGAAGAAGGCAUCCUCCUCUAGUCUCUCGCAGUUUUUGGAUCUACCCAAACUUGAAUUCGACGUCUUGACUAAAAUUGUGGCCCUUACGCCUGCAAACACAACCACUUUCAACGCGUUAUUGGAGCCCUACCACGAGGUUUUAAAACAAUACGAUAUUGAUCAUCGAAGUGACGAGAAGAUAUACACAUUAUUGCUAAAGCUCAGUUUGGUACCUGGGUCGAAUUGGCGGCAGAAAUGGCACUUAAUCACCCAAGAACGCCAAUUUUCGCCAGUCGAAGCCAAAGGUGCUCACCGUGUUCAUGCGGGCGAUCUACCUCAACAACAGACGCAACACCUCAACAGAAACGUGAGGAAUGGCCCGAUGAAAAACGACGCAGAAUCCGCUACCGGGCCGGUAUCUAAUAGAUCACGUCUACCCAACAUGAAACGCGCGAUGGAACGCUUGGAUGUUGAUGCUGUCGGGCUGUCUCGAACCGCGAAAUCAAAUGUAUCUCCUGGCUUAAUGCAGGCAACGCCCAGGAAGUCCGUCCAUUUUUUGCCCUCUGCCCUCAAUCACCUUAGUAAUCCAAAGCCCACCAGAAAGCCCGAGACAGUCAUGCCUCUACAGGUAGCCUCAAACACACCGCAUUUGGUAGAUAAGAUCAACAUCUUAGCGCACACUUGGAGACAUCAGCAAACUUUGAGGAAGACAUUUUUUCAUUGGAAGUGGAAUCUGGACAGAUGGCGCAGAGUAGGCAAAGAAGUUCAAAGAGUCAGAGGUCUGUUGGAUCUCAGUGCCCCUUACGAACAAUGGAAGAGCAAGCAACGCGCGAUCAAAUUACAGCUUGUCACAGUUGAACGUGUUUGUCGCAUCAGAUUGCUCAUGAAAAGUUUGGAUUGCUGGAGACAAUUGACAAUCAAAAAAUGUGACGAAAGAUUACAAUUCUUUCGACUGCAAGCAUGCGAUGAAGUGCAAAGAAACCGGAAUCAAGUCUUGAUGGGAGAGGUGUUGAUUAGGCUGAAAAAUGCUGAGAAAUCCACGAUGGAGCGGCGAGACUAUAAUAUCGGCAGAUAUGUCAUACGAUAUUGGGUCAUCCUUGAACGCGGGCGAUUUCUUGAACACAUACGUGAUACAAGAUGUCUUCAGUAUCAUAUUGGGGUCUGGGUAGCAGAGCGGAGAGGAAUACAGAGUCGGCUACAAGCUAUGCAUACUUUGCACAUUGAGCAUAGGUCGAUGAAGGCCCUACGCACCGCAUGGCUAUCUUGGCAUCAGCGAUUGAGAGAUGCCCGUCAAGCUGAAAAAAUCGCAGAAGAGUGGUGUCGAGCCAAGACAUUACAACAUUUCUUGAGAACGAUGAAGAUAUGCUCCGAACAAAUUGCAGCCCGUUACAUCGAGUCUCAUCAGAUACGAAUACACCUAACCAGACACCGGCUCAUCAAGAUUUGGCGUAAGAAAACCCGUAAAAAGAGGGUGGCACGUUGGCUGCAGAUGUGUAAACGUAGACGAGUUCAAGAAUGGUACAACUUAUGGAUAAAAUUGUAUAGGCAGAAGAAGUAUGAGGUAAUCGCGUUGCAGAAGCUGCAUACAAUGGCUAGACUGCGGAUUUGUAGGACUGCUUUUGAAGUCUGGCAUUUUAAUGCAAUUUUUGUGAUCGACUGCGACCUCAAAGCCAUGCAAGUUUUUCGUAGGCGUACUAUCCACACUUACACGGUCCGUUGGGCGGCGAGAAAACACGACCUAUCAGAUUCAAUAGAGAUAGCCCUCCAUUUUUCAGCACGAAAUGAGUAUGUUGCAAAGAAACAGCUGUUUUUGUACUGGUUGAGUUUGACACGACGUUUGCGAGAGAAUCAAGUGAGGUUGGAUCGGCAGCUUUCCAACGAACGUAAUCGUCUCUUAUGCAAUGCCUUGAAAUGGUGGCGCGAAGUUCUGUGCGAGCGAAGGCUAACUGAUACAGAAAACGCUGUGAGAUCUCGUGGCGAGAAAAUUUAUAAAUCGCGUACGUUACAGACAUGGAUCGCUCGUUCCGGCUUGAUCACUAUACUACGAAGUUCUAGAAAGAGUUGUGCUCUCGCGCAUCUUCAGAUAUGGAGAACAACUACGCGCGAAAAAUUAGAUAGAAUGAUGGCUACUAAAAUCGAUCACGAAAACUUGUCAAAAGUUUAUUUCGCAAGAUGGUUACAGAAUUUUCUUGAUAUUAAAGCUUCCAAGAUGAUAAAUCGAUUCAGAUAUCCUACCACUUUGAAGAGAGGUCUAUCUUAUAUGUCUGGAAAUCAACAUCAUGUUGAGACCGAUGAGGAAAUAGCACCUGGACCCGGUGACUCUUUGAUGAUGACAGGGACCUACCAAGCGAACGGAUAUAACUCGACUUUAAGCUCAUUAAUGCAAAGACCAAAUAGAUUUUAAGUGUUGAAAUUCGAUCAUAGGAUGCUCAGAUUGUUUUGCUAUGUAUGUGAUCUUGGAAAUCUGUAAAAAAACCUUUUUGAAAUAUAGAGAGCAAUUUGUCUC